CCUGGAGGAGUUCCCAUGUCACUGUCCCCAUGUCACUGUCACUGUCCCCAGGUUGACGAGCUGUUCCUGGAGGAGUUCCGCACCACCCCGGCCGGGCUGUUCCGCGAGUUCGACUACGAGCCGGUGGCGGCCGCCAGCCUGGCCCAGGUGCACCGGGCGCAACUGCACGACGGGACCCCCGUGGCCGUCAAGGUCCAGUACAUCGAUCUCCGCGACCGGUUCGAGGGCGACAUCCGGACGCUGGAGCUGCUGCUGCGCAUCGUGGAGUUCAUGCACCCGGCCUUCGCGCUCGGAUGGGUGCUGCAGGAGCUGAAGGGGACGCUGGCGCAGGAGCUGGACUUCGAGAACGAGGGGCGGAACGCGGAGCGAUGUGCCAGGGACCUGCGGCACUGCGGCUACGUCGUGGUGCCACGCGUGCACUGGGACAAGAGCAGCAAGCGUGUCCUGACGGCGGAUUUCUGCGAGGGCUGCAAGAUCACCAACGUGGAGGGGAUCCGCAGCCAGGGCCUGGGCGUGCAGGACGCGGCUGAGAAGCUGAUCCGCGUGUUCGCCGAGCAAAUCUUCUACACCGGCUUCAUCCACGCCGACCCCCACCCCGGGAACGUGCUGGUGCGACGCGGCCCCGACGGCAAAGCCCAACUGGUGCUGCUGGACCACGGGCUGUACGAGUUCCUGAGCGAGAGGGACCGCGCGGCGCUGUGCCAGCUCUGGAAAGCCAUCGUCCUGCGCGACCACCGGGACAUGCGGAGCCGCGCCGCCGAGCUGGGGGUGCAGGACUACCUGCUGUUCAGCGAGAUCCUGCUGCAGCGGCCGCUGCGGCGCGCGGGGCUGUCGCUGGCGCGGGCGCUGACGGGCGCGGAGCGGGCGUACAUGCAGGAGAUGGCGGCGCAGCACUUCCAGCGGGUGCUGCAGGUGCUGCGGGCGCUGCCGCGGCCCAUGCUGCUGGUGUUCCGCAACAUCAACACGGUGCGCAGCAUCCACGUGGCGCUGGGCGCCCCCGUCGACCGCUACACCCUCAUGGCCAAGGCCGCCGUGAGGAGCUGGAGCCGCUUGACCGGGGUGAAACUGGGCGGAAUCGGUGCGAUCGGCGUCUUCUGCUGGUUCCGCGUGUUCUGGGAGAGCCUCAAGUUCGAGGUGGCGCUCAGGUUCGAGAGCCUCUCGGCGCGGGUGACGAUGUCGCUGCUGCGGCUGCUCUUGCACUGGGGGGUCCUGACCCCCAGCCCCGAGAUGGACGAGUAUCUGCAGGGGUAGGGGGGGACCCCAAAAUACCCCCCCCCAAGUUGAAAUAAACCACCCCCCCCCAACCCCCCCCCGACCUGGGACACAGACACGGGGCGGGGGUCCCGGUUCUUUAUAAAAUGUAUUUCUGGG